UGGGUGCAAACUUCAGUAAGGCCAGUCAGGUAUCUCUGUGCACGCCAUGUCAUGAUGCGAGGUGGCAGAGAGGGAGGCAGAUCUGAUACGUUGGCAGUGGGGCACCAUCUACUGUACCAGAAAGUUCACCCAAUGCAAUGGACAAUGCGUACCGAGGAGAGGUCUGUUGGGGAUCUGCUCCAAGACUGCUGAAAAAGGCCCUGCCCCAGCAGAGGAGGACAAGAUGUCUGAGAAAACAUAUUCCUAUGAUGCCCCAGUUAAUUACAUUAACUUCAACGACAUGGAUGAGGACCAGACAGUUGGCGAUACCUGGUUUGAUGUCAAAGCUGCCCUUCUGACUACUCCAAGCGGACAGAUGGCAACAAGCACCCAGCAGAAAACCUCAGCUUCAAGGGCAAACAUCCCAUGUGCCAUUGUCACGCCAGUGGUGAAAUCCAUUGAGAACGACAGUGAAAAUGUGAUGAACCUGGCAAACGGGGUGCCAUCAAAUGUGGUUGGCUCUGUGGCAGAGUGGUGCAGUACAUCAAAUGAGACGGCAGCUGCUCCUGCAAGGGCCCCCGGGAGGGUGGCAAGACGGCUUUCGGCACAGCGGAAGAGCGCUCAGAGAAGAAUUGCUGCCAAGAGCCAGGCUGAGCGCAGUGCUGCUGCCCUGGCCAGCAAGGAGGAGCCACCGCCUCUGAAGAAACAGAGAGUCUCUGUCAGACCUCCCAAGAAAUCUAGGCCUUGUGCUCCUUCCCGGGUAGUGAGGCAGAUGAAUCCGUCUACCAAGGGCAAGUCCACAGAGGAGCUGGAGGUAGAGAAAAUGCAGCAGUUGCAGCAAGAGGUGGCUGAGCUGCGCAGGAGGAAUGAGGACUCUCUGAAAGUGGCCAUUGCUGGACCAGGGCAGCCUUUCAAGAAGACGGAGAGCCAUACAACCAAGCCAGUCGAUUUCAACUUCUACACAUCUGAGAGGAUUAAGCAGCAUGGAGAAAACCAGCCACGCACAGAGUACAAGGAGGUGGAUUUCACAGCAGCCUUGAGGAAACACCCACCAUCUCCGGCCAGAGUGGCGAAGGGACCCACAAUCCCAAAGCCCUUUAACCUGUCCCAGGGCAACAAGAGGAAGAUUGAAGAAGUUUCCUCGGAAUAUAUGUCAUUGGCGCAGAUGGUUCAAAACUUCCAGCGACGCACUCCCCCACGGUACCAUCUGAGGAGCAGGAAGGCUGAGGAAGGCAUAGCUCAAACCAGGCCAUUGAAGGUGACCAACCCCCUGACCCCCCACCUUGAAACGAAGACCCGCUUGAGAUCUAUCACGUGCAAGAGCACUGCUGAGCUGGAGGCUGAGGAGAUCACAAGGAUUCAACAGUACAAGUUUAAAGCUCAAGAACUUAACCCCCGGAUCCUGGAGGGGGGGCCAAUAUUACCCAAGAAGCCUCCAGUGAAGGAGCCCACCAAGCCGGUCGGCUUUGACUUUGAAAUAGAAAAACGCAUCCAGGAGCGGGAGGGCAAGAAGCCGCAAGAGGAGGAGGACCACUUCCAGUUCCAUUCAAGGCCGUGCCCGACCAGGAUCCUUGAGGAUGUGGUGGGUGUUCCAGAGAAAAAGCUGCUUCCUAUCACAGUUCCCCAGUCCCCUGCCUUUGUCCUGAAGACCAAAGUUGCUGUGCUGUGUAAAGAAGAGGUGAAAGCGAAGGAAGAGGAGGCGGUGGUGCCUGUGAAAGCCAAGCCAAUGCCACACUUUGGGGUGCCUUUUAAGCCUAAGCCUGCAGAGCCUAGGCAAGUGGAGAUGUGCCCUUUUUCCUUUGACACACGGGAGAAGGAGAGGCUUCUCCAGAAAGAGAGCAAAAUCGAAGAGCUGCAGAAGGAAGAGGUGCCAAAGUUCAGAGCACACCCCCUGCCUCAGUUUGAUCACAUCAGCCUGCCGGAAAAAAAGGUGAAGAGCUCCACCAAGCCAGAGCCCUUCCAGCUAGCGAUCAACAUGCGAGGAGCUCUGAGGCAAGAAAUGUGGCAGCAGCAGCUCAAGGAAGAGGCAAAGCGCCAGAGGGAAGCAGCCGUGUUCAAGGCUCAGCCCAGCACUGUGGUCCAUAAGGAGCCCUUUGUGCCAAAGAAGGACAGCAAAUCUCUUUCAGCUCCUGAAACCUUUGAGCUGGCCACGGAGCGGCGUGCCCGAGAGCGGCAGGAGUUUGAAAAGCGGCUGGCCGAGCUUGAAGCUGAAAAAGCGCGGCUGCAAGAGGCAGCAAGGCACGUUGAGGAAGAGCGCGAGAGAGCGGAGUUGGCCAAGCUCAGAGAAGACCUGGUGCAUAAAGCCAAUCCCAUCCGUAAGUACCAGAAUGUGGAAGUCAAGCCCAGCGAUCAACCUCUGACGGUCCCAAAGUCUCCCAGCUUUUCAGACCGAUUUCAGUGCUGAUGUGCAGCCAGAAAGAAAAGCAGUGGGGUGCUGCCUCUUUGCCCUUGGGCUGUUCCUCCACUGGGAUUUUCCCCAUAGACUGUUUCUUCUUGUGUGGUUUUAAUUGUAACUUUAUUUCCUGUGGCAAAGGACCAUACGGUGCUCUGCUGACCGUAGUCACUUUCAGAGCCUGUUUGCAUUUUAGAGCAGCCAGUUUGAGAAGAUUGAACCAGCCUUUAUAUGUAUGUAUACCAAUAAAACGUUGUCUACUUAUGAGAAAAAUAAAAUGUUACUACUUGGAGAGGUUUUCUCUCUCUGCCUUGGGAAAGCCAAGUGUCAUUUUUCAAUGUCUCCUUAACUGAAACCCAACCUCAAAACACUUUGUAAGCAUCCUCCCCUUGUUAGCAACAUAUCUAGGAGUCGAAUAGCAAAGUGAAGACCUCCUCCUCCUUCUUCCCUGGGCAGCGCCCUUCUGCCUUAAUGGCUGGUUAUGGCUGAGAACCCUGCUUUAAAUAAACUUGUACCGUAGCACAUACACGAAAUGCA